CAUUUAGAGAGGCAAAUAAAGAACCGAACGACAGUUCUGAUGAAAGCAGUAUAUAGACAUAAACAGAGCACGAAAAGACUCGGCGAAUUAGAACGGACUUUGGCGAUCUAUAGCGAGCAGUUGAAACAAGCCAAUGGGCGGAAGUGAGCCAAGUACCGACAUUUACUCCGAACUUAUGCCUGAAAUCGUAAAGAAAUAUACCGCAAUGCGUAAAUUUGCCAGACGUUGGAUGCACAAGGCGAAUAUUAAGAGAAGACACACUACGGGCCUGGAUAUAGCUACCAUAAUUAAGAAGCAGCGCAUGAGCUGGGAACCGACAGUGAGACUGCGCGAAACGGUUGCAAUGCAAAAUAUUGUGCCCACAAUGACCAAUGAGCAAUAUGAACGUGAAAUUGCACUGAAAUCGCAUAGUGCUACAAGUGUUUUUCAAGAAAUAAGUAGCAACCGAAAUGAACAGAAGAUAACCGAUAGCCUUAAAAGCGUAUUGCCACCACUAGAAGCUGUAGUUGCUAGCGAAGAGAGUAGUAAGUUGACUAAACGAAGAAAAAUACUAAAAUCCAAACAAAGUGCCACUUCCGAUAUAGACGAAAGUGCAAAGAGACGUCGUACUGGCAAGCGAAGAGGUCGAGCACGAAGAAGAUCAAGUCGCAAGAGCCAACAAAGUGUCACAUCGGAUGGGCCUAAAAAAGGACAAAGAAAGAGAAAAGGGAGAAGAAAAAGUAUUAAAAGUCUUGACAGUGGCGGACAGGAUAUGAAGCAAAGUAGACGUGGUCAUAGUGUUCGCAAAGGUCGAAAACGUCAGAGUAAGGAAAAGUCGAAAGCCAGUCAAAUAAGUCAGGAGCCCGAAAGUCGUGCCGGAACAGUGCAAUCAAUUGUUGAUGAGAAAAGCGCUAAAGAAAAUCUAUUGUUCGAAAUGAAUUUACAACAACAAUCAGUUCCUGUACAAAUGAAGAAAGCCAGCGUAAACGAAAAAACUGCGCUAGAUAAAUUUAGGAGGAAAAGUGUUGAAUUUGAUAAAUCACAAUCAGAUACGAACUGUCAAUUUCAUGCGCUCGAAGAAUACUGGGGUGUACCGUUACGUACUGAUUGCACGCUAGAUAAAUUGGAAAGGUUGAAUAGCAUACUAGACGAGCUUAUAGUCGAAGAGGAGAAAAAACCAUCGCCGCCACUGAAGCACAUGCUAUCAUCUCGAAACGUUGUCCGAAAACCGAGCAAACGCGAAAUGCGGGAUUUAGAGAAAUUGCUGGUGCUGCUCAAAGAGUGUAAAAAAUGUCAGAAAAAGCAGGAAAAGGCGAAAGCGGCCGAGCGUGAUUUUGCCGUGUUAUGCAAAAAGGAACAUGACGAUGCCAUAAAAAAUGCAGCUGGACUGCCAGAUUACUUUCCGGAAGACUCGGACUUCAGUGUGAUGUGUUCUUGUAAUAGCGUGUCAUAACGGAACAGUGAAAUGCAAUGGCUGCAAAAGAGUUUUACAGUUCGGUCGUAAUAAUGUCUGUCGCUGCUGAUUGCGCAAUAUUUUCGGUAUUAUUAUGUACAUAUGAAUGUAUGCUAAGUAGAUGCUAAAUUUAUUUACCGCGGACGCAUCAGUUGGAGCUCUGUCUGUUAAAAACAAUGAAGUAUACACAGAUAUUUUGUUGAUUUUAACAAAUAGGGCUGCAGCUGGUUGCAUUUUAUGAAUAAGUUGUGGAUAUUUUAUAAAAAAAAAUGUAAAAAUUACAUAAACGAUAUUUACUGAGUAAAUGAAAAUUGUGUACAGACUUGCAAGGGUGAACAGCACGAGGAAGCGUUCGGGAAGUUUAUUUCAAGAGAGGUGUAAAAGUGAGAAUUGAAAAUCAGUACUGUGGUUGAAAUCGUGGAAAAUAUUUCGGAAAUAAUAAGUUCUGAAAUAUGAACGGGUUUGCUGUUGAUUUGGUAGUUCUUUCUCGAUUGAAAGACGGGUAUAUUCCAUUUAUUAGGCCCGACCAGCUCACUAUAUAUUUCAGAUUAUUAGACUACUUUGAGUAAACUGAAAUCUUGGGAAAUAUCCGUGAAAAGAGGAUAGACAUAUACCCUCUCUUCAUUGAUUGCAAAGCUGCUUUUGUUAGCACGAAACGGAGCUGACUUUAUGCCGCUAUGUCUGAACUUAUUGUCUCCGCGAAACAAAUACGGUUGUGUAAACUGACAUUGAGCAAUACUAAAGGCUCCGUCAGGAAUGGAAACGACCUCUCCGAGCCAUUCGAUACCAAAUGAGGUUUCAGACAAGGCAACUACUUAUUGUGCGACUUCUUCAAUAUACACCUGGAGGAAAUAAUUCGAGCUGCAGAGCUGAAUCGAAAAGGCACAAUCUUUUAUAAGAGUGUACAGCUGCUGGCGUCGUUAGUUCUGCUUUCUCCAGUUUGGAUAAUAAAGUGAAGUAAAUGGGUCUGGUAGUGAACGACGAAAUAUCUUCUGUCAUCAAGCAAAUAGUCGUCUGUUGACAGUCAUAACUUCGAAGUCGUAAAUAAUUUCGUCUGUCUUGGAAACAAUAUUAACAUCAGCAACAAUGUAAGCCUCAAAAUCCAACGCAGAAAAACUCUUGCCAUAAAGUGCAUUUUCGGACUGAGUAGGAGGUCCUCUCUCGACGAACAAAGACGAAAUUGUAUAAGUCACUUAUUAUUCCCAUCCUGCUAUAUGGUGCAAAGGCUUGGACGAAAACAACAUCUGAUGAGUCGACGUUACGAGUUUUCGAGAGAACGUUGGAAGGAUAAGCUGUACGAGAUCUACAAACGAUGACAUUCAGUGAAUUAAAAGACAGCACGUACGAUGGGUAGGUGGGGAGGUUAUGUCAUCCAUGUGGAUGAAAACACUCCACAUCUGAAAGUGUUCGACGUAGUACCCGCCGGGGAAGCAGUUUAAGAGGAAACCACCCAAUAACCCACUCCGUUGGAAAGACCAGGAGAAGAAGGACAUAGCUACAUUUGGAAUCUCCAAUUGGAGCCAAGUAGUGAAAAGGAAGAACGAAUGGUGCGAUGUUGUAAAUUCGGCUAUAGCCGCGUAAACGGAGUCUACGUCAAUAAAGAAGAAGAAUAAUAAUUAUAUUAUAGAUUAGACUUUGUAGAAAUAUUCUCUAAAAUCUUUAGAAGAUUGUACUCUAGGUAAGACGGUUAGCUCGAAAUGCGACCGUUAUAACUUGUUUUUAUAUAUUUUUUGUUACUGCUGGAAGUAGGGCUUUUAGAAGCGGCAACUAGGCCUACGUAUACAUUUGUCUGGAUAUAUGUAUAUACUUCUUUCGCACAAAUAAACGCACACAGAGCCGAAUAUAGUAUUAUUUAAAUUGUAUUGAAUGAAUAUGAGCCUUUCUACGCAUUAUGGUAUUUUAUACAAAUUUUAACAGCUGCAUAAAUACAUACAUGAAUGGGUAUAAUGAAGACCCGAAUUGAAAAAUAUUUAUUAAAGAAAAAUAUUUUAUUAACAGUCAGUAAUUGAACAACUGCUUCGGCGAAG